CGGGGAUCAGAAGACACAUACAGUUGUGCUCUGUAUUUGUCCCACAGUCAUUACUGUCUUUGAGGAUGGCAAUCGCAUAGGUAAAUAAUUACGCGUUCUCUGCGUCCCCCCGAAGCAACCGCAUCAAGAAGUGGGCUGUAGAUAAAUCAUUAAUUAAUAGGGGCAUGGACGACGUCGGUCCCGGCAACCUUCCAACCCACCUUCAACUGGCAGAUCCUCGCCACCAGAGCCGAGUUGCAAGCCACCCUCUCCAACAUCCUCGUUCUCCCCCCGCUCUUUGUGCCCAACGUCAGCACCCCCUGGGACGUGGCCUUCACCAAUGUCGGGGCGCCUCUCUCCGGCCAAUGGACCAUCACGCGCGCCCCCGGCGACGCCAUCCCCGUCACCCUCUCGCCCGGGGGCUACAUGCGCGCCUCGACGGAGAAGCUGUCGAGAUACAACUCUACGGUGUCGUCCACGGCCACGUGGAAGCUCCCCAGCAUGGGCAUCAUCAUGUACCGGCUGCGCGUCAACGCAUCCGGCGGCUGCGAGACCAAGGUUACCAUCUUCGGCAACUACAUCCUCCGCAUCACGAGCGGAGGAAAGCGUCUGGAAUGGGACGCCUGGGUCGACAACCAAUUCCGCAAGCAGGGAGACAGCUCCAUCGUGGUCGGCAGCGCCGACUGGACCGUCGUCAUGAUCCAUUAUUCCACGACCAUGGUCACGCUCCUCGAGAACGGGGUGCAGAAGUUCUCGGCGCCCUGGUGGACGACGGCUCCGCCCGACUACCUGACGCCCGGCUUCAGCGUCCAGCACCUGGACACGCAGACGGCCGUCUCGGUCGACAUCAGCCACGUGCGCACGCUGUCGGUGAGCAAGUCGGCUCGCAGCCUGGUCGAGGACCUCCAGCCGGCGCUGCUCAGCUAUUAUCCGCUCAAGGACGGCGUGUCCGACCUGGCGGUGGCCACUCCGGCGCUCGACCUGGUCCCGACGACGCCGGACUACAAGCCGAGCUACUCGCCGGGCGCGUUCGGGUCCGCCAUCGACUUCGCCGGCGCCGCGGGAUGCCUCCGGAUCCCCCUGUACCCGUACGGGCGCGUCUUCCCGUCGUACGCACUCUCCGUCUGGGUCAAGGCGGCGUCGUACCCGCCUCCGGGGACGGACAACGCCGGCAUCGCGGGGCCGCUCUCGCUGCGUCCGGACGGCAGGCUGAGCUACGAGUUUGUGUACUCGAGCGGCAGGGACUACGUCACGCCCAGCGUCACGUUCGUGUCGCGCAACCCGCUGCCGCUGUCGACGUGGACCUCGGUCGUCGUCACGUACGCGUACGAGGAGUCGCGCCUCGCCAUCUUGGUCGGCGGCCUCCUCGACUCCGUCUUCUACACGUCCAGCGACAACAGCAGCCGCUGGGCCGUGACGCCCUUGGCCGGGUACAUCGGCGGCGCCCUCCGUUCUUCUUCUUUUUCUUCUUCUUCUUCUUCUUCCUCCCCCCUGGCAGCGGAGUCGCCGUUCGUCAUGCUGGAUGGUCAGAUCAGCGACGUGGUGCUUCUCAAGACGCACGUACACAACCACGCCGCGGCCGCGAUGGCGACUCGCAUCAGCGCGAGUUCUGCUGCUGGUGGUGGUGGUGGUGGUGGCGACGGCGGCGCGGGAGGAGCCCGGCGGCGGCUUGCGAUCCCGGGUUUCCUGUCUGAGGUGGCGGUCCGGAUCCAUUCCGAAGACGUGCUGGCCGAGGAAGAAGAAGAAGUACUCUUCUUUGUCGUCCCUCUGAUCAUCGUGGUCCUGGCGAUAGCCGUGCCCGCGUACUUGUACAGCACGAUCGAGACGAUGACCCCUCUGCCCCCCGAGGCCAAAACGCUAGACGAGAUCGUCGACAACAUCGUGCGCGUGGUCGACAAGCCGGCCAAGCCGGACCGCAAGUGCAACCGGGACCAGGCGGGCAUCCCCAAGUACUUCCCCAUCACGCUCGACGUCGGCGGAGAAGGGCUCUAUUGGAACGGUUUCGUCGCCGGCUUCCCCGACGCCAUCAACGUCAACGAUCACGACAGGCAGUUCAACCCGGACGUCCGGCAUCCCGGACAGCCUCCCGCCAAGAUCCCGUACCUGGUCGAGGUCGAGUCGUGGGACAAAUUCCCGCCGACGACGCUGCCCUUCAGCGACAACUUUGCAGAGCGGAUCUGCAUGCAGAGCGCGCCCCUGACGGAAACCAACGUGACCGAGAUUGCGAGGGUCAUCAGGCCCGGAGGGGUCGUCGACCUAUGGAUCGACGCCGAAGCAUUUGGCAAGCAGAUCGACCAGCUCGCGCGCCUGCUCAACUCGGAGGUGACAUUCCCGAUCGGUGCCAACUACUUUACGGGGAACUACUGGAUCGAGGUGCCCGCGUACCACACCCACCGGGCCUUUGCUGGGGAUCUCAACGACCUAGUUGCAUACGAAGUUGCCGAAGAAGGCUAUCUCGAGCACCGCCGGAUUGUCUCGCAUAAAGAGGAUGUCUAUUAACUAAUUAGGGUACGGGUACGCAAAACAAACCCAGCCUCUGCAGCGAUAGGACAACCUCACUGUAACUAAGAUUGAAUGUUAUCAUCUUCCUUUUAUUAUUGCAUUGUACUCUCGAUCUUCUUUCCACCUUAGUAUCGAGAUGAUGCGGUGACUUCUAUGGCUUAUUAAUUACCCCGUCAGUUUUGUAAAUAAAUUGUGGCCGGGCUUGGGCGCCCUUAUAGCCUACCAUCCUGGCCAUGGUUCCCUAACGGGAGCCGGUUCUCCGUUUUGGUUCCGAUAUAAUACUCCGUAAAUUGAUCUAUUCAUGGGAAAGACAGCCAGAAACGGGUCGACGGUCAACGUACAAUGGAAAAAUUGGCAAAAGACAUGGUUAUUUGCUCUUCGUAGAUAAUAGUAUCCGAGAGCAUUUAUAGUAAGAUUUCAUAGCACUCC